AUGGCGUACGAUCCAGAAAAGGGCCUCACUGAGGUCAAGUACCCCUCCGCGGAGCAAAACUCGUUGGAUUCGACGUCCGGCGAGCGGAAUGCAGUCCUGGCGGGUGGGACUGGUGUGAUGGCCAAGAUGCGGGCACUGGAGGCCAGAAUGGAUAAUAAGCUGGGCAUCGAAUCUGAGGCGAUCGCACGCAAGCGCCCCGAGGACAAGAAAAAGGUUCACUGGGUGGAGGAGUUGUCAAUGGCCCUGCUGUGGGCCAGUGGAACCAUGAACACCUCCUGUUUUGCCACGGGCUUCCUCGGAUGGGAGUUUGGCCUAAGUUUGAAGCAGUCAAUCUUGAUCACGAUCUUUGCUUCCAUUCUGGCUGCCUCGCUGAGCGGCUUCUGUGCCACCUUUGGCGCUGCAACAGGUCUGCGUCAGAUCAGUGUGAGUCGGUAUAGUUUUGGUUGGUGGCCGAACAAGCUCGUCGCCCUGCUCAAUGCAAUCCAGCAGAUGGGCUGGGCCGCCGUUUCCUGCAUCACCGGAGGUUUGGCCUUGACUGCAGUUUCAGAUGGACACGUCUCUCUGAUCCUGGGUAUUGUCAUUUUGGCAGUGGUCGCCCUGAUCAUCUCCUUUGUUGGACUGAAGGCGAUUCUCAUCUAUGAGAGAUGGGCUUGGAUUGUCUUUUUUGUCAUUUUCAUGAUCAUCUUUGGCCAGACGGGCAAGUAUGCGGACAACACCGCCCCGGCCACUGAUACUGGUGCAAACCUCGCUGCUGCGGUUCUGAGCCUGAUUGCUGUCGUUUACGGCUCGAGUGCUUCAUGGUGCACCAUGGCCAGUGACUAUUACGUCCACUACCCCACCAACGUCAGCCGUGUCAAGGUCUUCUUCAUGACCACUUUUGGCAUCGCUCUUCCAACCUCCAUCGGCAUGAUCGCCGGCUGCGUUGUGGCUUCCGCUCUGAAGAACAAGCCCGACUGGAACAACUCGUAUGAAGAGGGUCUCGGGUAUCUCAUCCAAGAUAUGCUCUACCCCCGAGGAUUCGCCAAGUUCCUCUUGACCCUACUCGUUCUCUCCGGCAUCAACGUCAACGUCAUCAGUAUCUACAGUUCAGCCAUCUCCUUCCAACAGUUGUCACGCCCCUUUGCCCGCGUCCCCCGUUUCCUCUGGACCAUCUUCUGCUUCGUCUGCAUUCUCGCGCUGGCCAUUGGUGGCCGGCAAAAGCUCAACACCUACCUGCAAAACUUCCUGUCUCUCCUGGGAUACUGGUGUACUAGUUACGCUGUGAUUCUUCUCGAGGAGCACUACGUCUUCCGCAAGGGUAACUUUGACAACUAUGAUCUGGAGGGGUGGAACGACCCCGCUCGUCUGCCUCUCGGACUCGGCGCCGCGGUUGCCUUUAGUCUGGGUGUGGUGGCCUGGGUUGUCGGGAUGGAUGAGACCUGGUUCAUUGGACCCCUGGCCAAGUUGAUUGGCGAUGCUGGUGGCGAUGUCGCCAACGAAUUCACUUUUGUUGUGACGGCCCUCUCUUAUAUGCCUGCUCGAUACCUGGAGCUGAAGCACUUUGGUCGUUAA